AUGGCUACAUCCAAGAAUAAUUUAUUUGAUCAUCGAAAAUUAGCAUUGCUUAUUGGAAACGAACCAUUAAUAUCAGUUGCUGAUGAAGUUUUGGAUAGUAGUACUAAAAUAUCAUCAUCAUCAAUAAAAAUGGGAAUUGAUGUAGACUAUGAUAAAUUUGAUUUACGAAGUUUUUUUAACGAAUUUUGUCGUACAGUGAAUUUGAACACCAAUGAUAUAGCGAUGAAACAAAUACAAGUAGGUUCAGCUAUAUUAGAAGCAGAAAUUUUUGAUAAAUUUGAAGCAGAUGAUAAGAAACUACAUUUAAAAAUGUUUGUUCAUAAAAUCACAGACAAACUUAAAAAACAUCUUGGUAUAAUGAAAAUCUUUUUCAUGUUUAUGGGCCCUAUAAAAUCAUUCUUCAAAAUGCAACAACGUCGUGCAGAAAUUCGGUUAAAUCCAAAUUAUAAUCGCAUCUAUGCUAUUGGACAUGAUUAUUGGUUAGGUCCUAAUAACGAUGGAAAAGAUCGCGGAAAUAAACCAUAUUAUUGCCCUGUCGGGUGGCAAAGAUGGUCUUUUUAUGUUACUGAUAAUUUUGAUAAAAAAUUUAACGGAUGGUGUAUUGGCUAUCAUGGUACAAAAUUUUCAUAUGGCUUAUCAAUUUUAUUGAGUGGAUUGAAACCAGCAGAAAUUGAUGCACAUGGUGCUGGAGUAUAUGCCACUCCAUCGGUUAAUUACGCUGCUCAUCCAAGAUAUUCUGAAGUUAAAUUAAUAGAAUCAUCCACUAGAAAAAAGUUUUUCAAAUCGGGUAAAUACGUACAAUUUGUAUUGGAGUGCCGUGUUCAUCCAAGUAAUAUUAAGAAAGUAGAUAGAGAAACACUAGGUGCUGGUAAUACUACUAUCGAUCCCAAUAUAAGCAAUGCAAUUAUCGAAUGGAUUAUUGAUCAUCAUGGCAAAUCAAUCGUUGACUUUAACGAUCCUGACUCUUCGGUUAUUUGCACAGGAAUAUUAACACGUGUUACGGAUGAGCAUCCUGGCUUACUACCUGAAUCAGAAUGGUGGUAUAAGUCACAUCUAUGUAGUCGUCCAAAUCCAAAAUGCUGUAUGUUAGGUAUUCACCCUGAUGCUCUUUUCAAACAGAAACAACGUGGUGAUACAUGUAAAAUUCUCUUUAGCGAUUAAAUAAGUAAAUGUACUUUCUUUGCUUUUGUAUUUUUUUCAAUUUCGAUUCAUUUGAAAAAUUGUCUGUGCGGUUAUAUUUCCGAAUAAACCUUUUUAUAAAAUAUGUGAACUCAUAUACUGAUGGAUGGAUGUGGGCGUGGAGUGUGAGUCUGGGUGUGCUUUUAGGAUUUAUACCGCAACACCCACACCUGCAGUUGAACUUCUUCUUCUCUCUCACACUCAUUCAUCCACUUGAAAGAUAGCUUUGUUGCAUGCAGUCUCUGUGAUCACCCUUUCGUGCAAGAGGCACAUGUGCAACUAACAGUGUCGGUUCGAAACAGUGAACACGUCGUCGAAGUAUUGCCGCGUAAAAGCGCGUUGCUUCUUUCUACGUACUUCAUUUUCCACUCGAUUGAAACCUGUUAAAUGAAGUGAAAGUAAACACAAAACUCACCCUUACUCAUUCGGUGAAAGAACGACAGUCACUUACUUUUUUCACCGCAGGCUAAUAGAGCGAUCGUUACACAGUAGAUAGAAAAACAGAGAGUGCGGAUAUGGGGUUUAGCACACUGGAAAAAAAAUGGUACCAUACCGAACCAAAAAAGGUACUUUGAACGAAAAAAGGGUUUCGUACAUCGUACGGAACCUGAAAAGGUUUCGAAUUCGUUGCAAUUCUCUGAACCAUUUUAGGUUCGGUACAGACC